UCUUUGUUUACUCUCUCUCUUUUUUUUUAGUUCUCACAGCCAUGACAGAACCAAAGACAGACGAGCUACUUGUCUCACUUCAUGUAAAAUACAUUCAGUCAUUAGACACACGAAAAGAUGAUCUCGAGUAUUGGCUUACAGAACAUCUCCGUCUUAAUGGCGUUUAUUGGGGAUUAACUGCACUUGACUUGAUGGACCAUGUAGAUGCUUUACCAAGAGAUCAAGUGAUUGCUUAUGUUCAGAGCUUGCAACACGAAGAUGGUGGGUUUGGAGGAGACAAGCACCAUGAUACACACAUUACACAUACCUUAUCAGCAGUUCAGGUGUUGAUUACAUUAAAUGCGAUCGAUGCUAUUGAUGUAGAUAAAGUUGUGACAUAUAUUCAGGCACUUCAAAACCAAGAUGGGUCCUUUCGAGGCGAUGCAUGGGGCGAAGUAGACUCUCGUUUCUCUUAUAUUGCCCUUAACUGUCUAUCUCUCUUGAAGAGACUUGAUGCUAUUGACGUUGACAAGACAGUCGAAUGGAUCCUUCAAUGCAAAAAUUACGACGGAGGAUUUGGAAGUCGUCCAGGCUCCGAAUCCCAUGCAGGCCAAAUCUUUUGCUGUGUCGCUGCCCUUGCCAUUGCCAAUGCCUUGCAUCACAUUGAUCAUGAUUUACUCAGUUGGUGGCUGUGUGAGCGACAACUCAAAAACGGAGGCCUGAAUGGUCGACCACAAAAACUAGAAGAUGUGUGCUACUCAUGGUGGGUUCUGAGCGCAUUGUCUGUCUUGGGCAAUGUGCAUUGGAUUGACAAGCACAAAUUGAUCCAGUUUAUCUUGUCUGCACAAGAUCCUGAAUUGGGCGGUAUUGCUGAUCGACCAGGUGAUAUGGUGGAUGUGUUCCACACCGUGUUUGGUAUUACUGGUCUGUCGCUGUUGGGUUAUCCUGGGUUGAAACAAGUGGAUCCAGUCUAUUGCAUGCCUCGACAUGUGAUUGAGAGACUGAAGUUACCUGCCAGAUAUCAUAUUUAGAAAAAAUAGUUGGAUUUGUAAACUUGAUCACAAUGUAAAUAGGUGUUCUGUUGUACAGCAUAAUUAACUUGUACAAGUAUCACAUCAUUGCAUUGUUAAUAAAGAAAUGAUGUAUGGUAUAUACAUGAUGUUUAUAUGUUCUCUCUA